CCCGCGCCCCCUGCCGCUCGCGCUCGGCCAUGGCGGAGGCCUCUGUUGGCCGGCAGAGCCCCAGGGUGGUUCCAUACCCAGCCCGUGGUCUGUGUCCUGGAGAGCCCUCCCUUCAGAGCGCUGCAGUUGUGUCAAUGGGCUCAGCUGAUCAUCGACUGAACCUGGCAGAGAUCCUUUCCCAGAACUAUGGUGUGAGGGAAGAAAGGGAGGAAGAUGAUGCUCAGGAGAAGCAGAAAUCUUUAGAGGAGCUGGAGAAGAGUUUCAGUGCCUCUCAGAGCAGUGAAAUGCCAUUUGAGGAGCUGCUUGCACUGUAUGGCUAUGAGGCAUCAGAUCCCAUCUCGGAGCAGGACAGUGAGAGCAAUGACAUCACUCCCAACCUCCCUGACAUGACUCUGGAUAAGGAACAAAUAGCGAAGGAUUUGCUUUCAGGGGAAGAAGAGGAGGAGACACAAUCCUCAGCUGAUGAUCUGACUCCAUCCGUCACGUCCCACGAUGCUUCGGACUUAUUCCCAAACCAGCCUGGCUCAAACAACUUCCUUGCUGAUGAAGACAAAGAGCCAUGUUCAUCACCAUGUGCUUCCUCCAUGGCUGAGGACUCAGAGGUGGAUUCCAUCCCAUCCAAUGAGUGUAAGAAGGAGAUCAUGGUUGGACCUCAGUACCAGGCCACUGUUCCCAUCCUCCGUUUGAACAGGCACAGGCAGAAAGUGCUUUUUCUGUUAGCCUAUGAGAAUGAAGAUCAGCUGCUUUGGGACCCAAACAUCCUCCCUGAGAGGGAGGUGGAAGAGUUCCUGUACCGAGCUGUGAAGCGCCAGUGGGACGAGCUGGCUGGCAGCAGCCUGCCUGAGGGAGAGGUGGUCAAAGACAACGAGCAGGCUUUGUAUGAGCUGGUGAAAUGCAACUUCAAUGCAGAAGAGGCACUGAGGAGGUUACGGUUCAACGUGAAGGUUAUCAGAGAUGAGCUUUGUGCCUGGAGCGAGGAAGAAUGUAGAAAUUUUGAGCAUGGCUUUAGGGUCCAUGGGAAAAACUUUCACCUUAUCCAAGCCAACAAGGUCCGCACGCGGUCGGUGGGCGAGUGCGUGGAGUAUUAUUACAUGUGGAAAAAAUCAGAACGUUAUGACUACUUCACUCAGCAGACUCGUCUAGGAAGGAAGAAGUACGUCCUCCACCCUGGAGCCACGGAUUUCACUGACAAUGACCUGGAUGGGGUUGAAGUGGAAAACACAAAUCGUUCUCGGAGCUCCCCACCAAUUCCCUCUGCAGCUGGCUGCCUGGAUGCUCACUUUGGGCAGGAUCAGAUUGCAAUUGAGAGCACAGAGCCCCUGAGCGUGGAGAGCACAGCCUGCAGCCUGGGCAGCAUCAGUGAGUCAGGGCAGGGCUAUGAAUGCAGCACCCCCUCGGAGACAAACUGCUCCUUUGACCCCUCGGAGGAGACACCCUCAGGGGCUGUCCCUGUGCCCUGCCCACGUCGCUCUGUCACCCCCUCCGAGCCUGAGCUCUUCGCUUUGCCACCCGCGGCACCAGGACUGGCAGAGAAGCAGGAAACGUUGCAGAACUCUGGUGAGACAAUAACCAUGGACUUCACUCUCCCUGCAGACAUUAAUGAGGAGUUGCCUUUAAUUGCUGGAGAUGUGGAUUUGGACAGAGACCCUGAGGCAGUGGUGGCCCCUGCUCAAGUGUCCUUAUCGGUCACAGAUUUCGGUCUCAUCGGCAUUGGAGAUGUAAAUACUUUCCUGACUGCUCAUCAGGCUUGCCCAGCACCUGUGGCUCACUCAGAGCCUCUGUCACAGUGAAAGUCUCCAGUCACAAAUUUGUCACAGACCCAGCAAGGACUUUGACCUGACUGAGUGAAAUUCUGGAACUUCCACUGUCCUGUAGGGACAGCUUGGAGCUGUCGGUCGGAAUCCGUCUUUCCAUCCUCCUUGAUCCAAGGCUACAGUGAAACCAAACACCUUUCUGCUCCAGUGUAUCCUGACACAGUUGUGCAAAGUGGUGGCUGGCUUUCCUGAGUGGGGAGGUCCCUCACCCCCCUCCUGUGCUGGCCAUGUGUCACCCUGGGUGAUGCCAGUCUGCUCAGACAGUCCCUGCCUCGGGAUGGGGACGUGUCCCUUGGCCCCAGAGGGACAGUCUGAGGUGCUUUGAGAAGAGAGAUGUGUCACCAUCAUGGUGAGGGUGCAGGCUGGGGGUCUGAGAGCUUGGGAGGGCUGCAGGGCAGUUUCCUGCAGAGAUGGGCACGGUGAUGCCAAGGGAGGCUGAUCCCUCCUCCAUGGGCAGCGUGCUGCAGAAGGAGCCACUCACCCUGUCCUCCUCCCAGCAGCCAUGGACAGGACAGACACACAGCUGCUGAUGGAUGGAAACACUGCUGUGAGCAGUGAGUAAGGGGGUCAUGCUGCUGACAAGUGCUUUGGAUAUGCUGGAGGGGGGAAAAUAAUCUAGGACAUCUCCCAUCACCUGUGCACAGCCCCUGGGACCACAGCAGGCUCGGGGAAGGGGUGGCCUGGCUGGCAGUGUCACCUUGAGUCCUGCCUGGGACACUAUCCCAGGCUUUAGAGAGAGGAUUGGGACAAGCUGGGCCUUAAGGACCAUGACAGCAGCUGGGCUCUCAUGCCAGGAGCUCUGGCAGCAGCCACGUGUUCUGACUCUCCACCAGCUGCAAGUGGGACAUGGCCUGGCCCAGCCCUUGGGCAGAAAUGUCAGGUUUUGGAAGGGGGUGGCAGCAGCCACGUGUUCUGACUCUCCACCUGGUGGGACAUGGCCUGGCCCAGCCCUUGGGCAGAAAUGUCAGGUUUUGGAAGGAGAUGCUGUGUGUGCAGCAGCAUCGUGUGCACUCGAGUCCUUCUCACCUCCCUGUGCAGUGCUGGGCCAGGGAGAAUUUCUGUGGGGAGGAACAGGAGGUUCUGGACUCAGAGUGCUGCUGGCCAAGAGCUGCUGCUGCUGCUGCUGGCAGGGGAUGACCUGAUCUUGUCUGGACUGAAGUGCCAGAGGGUAGAAUGCAGGUGAAAACAUCUGUAACUUCCCAGUUUGUUCCAGCAGUUUGUCAGCAGAGGGAGGAGGUUGCUCAGCUCCCAGGGUGUCUGGGAUGUGGGUGUUAGCACAGUCCCACAGCAUCCCUGUGCCACAAAACAGGCUGUGCUGAGAGGAAGGUGUGUCUUCUCUGCCAUGGAAGGUGCCAGGUGCUGUGCAGAGCCCCAGCAGCCUGUCCUUGGCUGUGCUGGAGUCCAAAGCUGCUUCAGUUCCCAGGUGUGUUGCAGGUGUGGGGUUGGCCAUGGCUCAGUUGUUCCCAUUCCCCUUUUCCCAUGCAGGGAAUUCUCUGUGCUCUGCA